GUUAUCAAAAUUAUAAUCUAUUUCUCGGUCAAAAUGCGAUCCUUUAUUGUUUUCGCCAUAACAUUGGCGGUGGCAGCAGCCACCGAGACCUCCGAGAGGAUCGUCGGAGGGUCCCUCACGACCAUCGAGGAGUACCCUGAGAUGGUGGCUCUGCUGAGGGUCUGGGGCAACCAUUAUGGACAGGACUGCGGUGGGUCCAUUCUGAACAACAGGGCCAUCUUGACUGCUGCUCACUGUACUGAAGUCACUAUUCCAGCAGGUCGUCGUGUACGUGUGGGAUCCUCAUACAGAAGCUCGAAUGGGACUGUCUACACUAUUGAAAGGAUUAUCAUCCAUCCCGGCUACGCUUUCAACUGGCCAGCCCAACCAGACAAUGACGUGUCGAUCCUUUGGCUUACCGGCAUCAUUCCCGUCACAUCUACUUCAAGACCUGCCCUGAUUGCUGGUCCCAACUACAACCUUGCUGAUAAUCAAGCGGUCUGGGCUACUGGCUGGGGAUGGACUCAGUACGGCAACUUCACGUCUCAAUCAGAGCAGCUACGUCACGUGCAAGUGUACACUGUGAACCAGGAGAUUUGCAGACAGCGGUUCGCAAACCUCGUGAUCAACGGCGUGCCUAUGCCAUACACGAUCACUGACAACAUGCUGUGCUCCGGUAUACUGGACGUGGGAGGUCGCGACCAGUGCUACGGGGACUCUGGCGGGCCAGUCUUCCACCACGGCGUGCAAGUCGGUAUCUGCUCGUUCGGGCACGAAUGCGCGCUUGGCGAAUUCCCUGGCGUCAAUGUGCGCGUGUCUCAGUUCACCAACUGGAUAAGCGAGAACCGAUAG